UCGACCAAUCCUACCGGUUAGGUUGUUUUGUUUUUCGGUUGACUCUGGCUCAUAAUAAACUAUAAUAAAAAGCUUGUUGAUAACACAAUAUACCUAUGCAAUAUUAUGGUUUCGUAGAUAACAUUCAAUUUAGUUCAAUAGAAUGUCUAAGAAACACCCAAAGUGUUUACUGUGUAACAGAGUUUCGGAAAACUUUCUUCGCGUAUCGGACAAUAGUAACGGAGAGAACGUGGAGGUUGUGCUUUUGAAACACUUUCCCUUUCAGGCGACGGACUUUUGGAACGAAAUUGUUUGCUCCGUGUGCUGGAAAAAGAUCGUCGACUUCCAUGAGCUGUUCUGUGAGGUAGAGAAAAGAUGGACUCUCGGCCGGUUUCGGUGCGAGCUUUGCGUAAACUCGAAGGCAUUCAACAGCGACGGGGAUUUGCAGAUACAUAAUCUAAUGCACCAUUCGCAGAAGGAAAAUAAAAUUUUGAACUGUGAUCAAUGCGUGAAAACGUUCGCUACCGAAUGGCAGCUGUCCAGUCACAAAACCUGGCACCAGGAAGUGCUUUCCCUGAAUAUUUAUUGCAAUAUUUGUAACAAACAAUUUGCUUCCAUGCACACGAGAAAUGCUCAUAUAAGAAAGCAUCAUACUGAAAUUCCUACAGUAACCCCUGGCGCUUUUUCGGUGGAACCAACGAGCGCCGCCGAUGGUCAGUUUGAAAGUAUUUUGGAACCAUCAGCGAAGGAAACAAAUACUAAAAAAGCAAAAUCUUCGGAAACGAAAGCCAGCGAAGAUGAAUUGAUACGACGGUUUUGUAAUCUAUCUUGCCUGCAGUGCGAAUACACAGGCGAAAAUCUCUAUCAACUUUUGAAGCAUUAUCAAAGCGAGCACGAAACUCGAGGAUACGCCGAAUGCUGCGGACAAAAGUUCACGAAAAAACCACGCUUGUUCAACCACUGCCAGCUGCACAUCAAUCCGGAUAUGUUCCGUUGUGAAGCAUGCAAUAAAUCAUUUGCCCAAAGUGAAGGCUUAGAGCAGCACAACCAGUGGGUACACACGCCAGACUCCGAGAAACCCUUUAAAUGUAAUAUAUGCGAGGCAGCCUUUUGCAAAAACUAUCAGCUUAGUUACCACAUGAAACGACAUGUGGCAAAGGAGCAAAAGAUUUUUCAUUGCGAUGACUGCAAUAAGUCUUUUAGUAAUUCGCUACUGCUUCGAGCGCAUCAACAAAAACACCACGGAGCGUCGAGUAACUGGGUGUGUGAUGUUUGUGCGAAAGGUUUCGUGCAUAAGGCUCUGCUGGAGAAACAUCGUCUGUCCCACACGGCUGAAGGUGUAGCCAGUCUGAUGCGCCAAUGCAGUCAUUGCAAUAAGUGGCUCAAAAACAAGGACACCUACCAGAGUCACAUUAAGCGUUGUAUGGCGAGUGGUCCAGUCGAGUGUGACAUCUGUGGUAAAUUGUUUUCCCACGAACCUGGUUUGAUGCAGCACAAGCGCAUUAUGCACAUGAGGGAGCGCCCGUUAAUGGCAUGUCACUAUUGCGACAAAACCUUCAAAGAAAUACGACGUCUCAAAGAGCACGAAGCCAACCACCGGGGCGUCGUCCUGUAUACCUGUCCGUACUGUCCAAAAACGAGUAACUCUAGCUCUACCAUGCAUAAUCACAAAAAGACAUCACACGCGGAACAGUGGGCCGCCAAGAGAUCUACGUGAAAUAAAAAAAUCAAUUUCAUUUUUUCUGAGUUCGGUAUACGUGUAAUUUCACAAAAAAAAAAAUAUACCAUAGCAUUAAAUGCUAUUUUCAAUUGUCAUUUUCGAUUUGACUGAAACUUUGCAUAGGUGUUUUAUUGGCAAAAGAUGCCACUUUCUGCUGUUCUUUUUUUUUUUUAACUCCGACAGAAGCAAUAUGAUCAGAAUUGCUAGUUUAAAUUGCGAUCGAACUGUAUUAUAACCAUACAUUUUGAUUCUGAUUCAACUAGCAAUCCUGAUUAUGGGUGAUAUUAAAGAAACUUUGACGAGCAGCUUGUCUCAUUGGAAAUACAUGGUCGCGUUGAGUCUACUCGACUCCUGUAAUGGUAUCAGUUCAAAACUCUGUCGUGAGACAAUGAAAGCAGCUCAGUAUCUGAACAAUUUAUUUUAACAGCUGAAUGUUCACAUUCGUAGAAUCCACAACAGCAGUCACGA